GUGAGUGUCCACUAGAGGGCAGUACGUUUUAUUUUCAACAGAGCCACAAGACAAACAAAAAGAAGAAGAAGAAGAAGAGUGAGACGUCAACACCGACAGUGAAACAUGGCAAAUGACAAGGGUCCUCUGGGCCAGCUCAAGGACCUGGUGGAGCUGAAGGAUCAGCUGGAAGACAUUCAGAGACGGAUGGAGGAUGAAAUACAGGCUGGGGUUCCUCCAGGAGGCAGUCUGCUGGCUUCGCCUUUCCUGAAGGGUUUUCUGGCCGGGUACAUUGUUGCAAGGCUACGCUCUUCAGCAUUGCUGGGUGUUGCUGUAGGGACGUGCACAGGUAUCUAUGCAGCACAAAGUUAUGCUGUUCCUAACAUUGAAAACACUGUCAAGGACUACAUUCGCAACCUAAAAGGAGGAAGCAAAUGAGAAGUGAGGAAGAAAAAUACCAAGAAGAGGAGGAGAGAAGUCUUUAAGCAACAGGUGCCACCACAUCUGCAUAUGGGAACAGAUACAUAUUUCAAAGGUUUAAAACUUUUCUGUCGUUUUUUUCACCUUCCACAUGGAUUAGUUAAUAAGAAAAUUAGUAAGCCAAUUUAUGGAGUAAGGUGAAACAGUGAUUAUUUUUUAUAUUUCUUUUGAUUCAGUGGAUCUGAACUCUCGCUAGCCUACAUGACAUAGUGACCUACAUUUUGUAAUACAUUUAGCAGCAGGUGGAACAUAUUACAAUUCAAACAGUGAUGUUCAAUGAUUGAAAUUUAGACUGCUACAUAUAAGAUAAUCAUUAUCACACACACAAUUAGUGUUUUCUGUAGUUUUAUUGAUACAUAAUGAGACCAACUAAUAUUCACAUGUACACGCCAGCUGUGGAGGUUAUUUCCCCUCCUUUCUUUAAGGGGUUCACGAGAAAGAAACGGACCACAUGUCUUGCUGUCCAGAUAGAUAUACUGCAGUAUUGAGUCCCUCCAAGAGGAAAUAUGUCGGUUUCUGCCCUCUAGUGGUCAGAAAUCAAUUAUCGCAGCCUUUACUAAUUUGCACUUUUUUGCUCAGGGGGUCAAAACCUUUCAUUUUUACAGGUGUCUGAGCAAAGUCUGUGGAGUGGUGUGGUGUGACAACACACCUUUCCAUGUUGUUAUAGGUCAAUUUUUCAAUUGUUAAAGCAUUUUUAGUUUUAAAUUAUAGUCUUCAUCUUUGUAAAGAUUCAUGAAAAAUAACCUGCGACUCCGAAACUUACACACUCUGCUCAAAUAUAUUAAGUAUUUCUCUAUAUAUUCAAACUCGCACUGCUUAAGAAAAGCCAGACUUCAGCCUGCAGUUACAGCUGGUAGACUAUCAAAGGAAAAUGUACGCCAAAGUGACAUUUGUGCUUAAAGAUGUAGUUUUAAUUGCACAUGGGGGUUUUAACAAAACAGGAAAAUGUGUGGUAGAGUAUUUUAUGUAAAAUAUAUAUAUAUAUAUAUUAAGAGUGCCUACUUUGGUCUGGACUUGAUAUUAUCAUCUCAUGCCAUUUGUGCAAUAGCCUUUCCUGAUUCCUAUUUCAUAUGCUGGAAAAUAAUUGAUCUUUCGCACUUCAAUUAUAGGGAUUUUAAGUUGUUACUUUGUUGUUCAACAAUGAUUUAGAUUUUUGUCCAAGAAAUAUCAAAACCUGUCAAAGAAAGUCAGUUAUAUAGUGACAUGUUUACUAAAAUGAUGUUGUACGUACUGGAAGUUGUUUUUAUGUUGGGUUAACUUGGUAAAAUUAUGUCAAUAUUACAUCCAUAAACAAUGCUGUUGUUUGCAAGACACUAGUCUGAAAACCUAAUGCACAGAAAAACAUCUGAACAGAAGCUGGAAUUUUCAUUUUGCUGGGCAGAUUUUUAAUUUGGGUGAAUAACUCAAAUGUACAUGUUUUUGUUCAUUUAUGACUUGAACCCACAUAUAGAUGUUAUUUCCACAUGACCCCAGGUUCUGUUUAGCUGCUGUUGAAAUGAACACACAAUGCGUAUGUACACAGUCAGGCCUGUAACAGGUGUUAGACAAAAACAAGCCAUAUCUGAGUAAAAGAAAACUACGUGUACUGUAUUGGUAACUGGAACACAGAAACAACUUGUGCCUGUUGACGAUCAUUAUGUUGUUGUCUUUGUAUUGCAUGUUCUUAGUUUCUCGACUUGUGUUUUUGCAUGUUUUCUCUUGCUUUUUAAGUAAUACUUUUCUUUAAACAUAUGCUGUGGAAAAUAGAAUUGAACAGGUCAAUUGAUGGUGCUUUAUUUCACUGACUGACUGUCUUGUCAUCAUGGGUUUGAAAUUCCUUUGUGAUGUUGUAAAAGAAAAGCACACAAUUUGUCUUUAAGAGUUUUAUUUGGGUUCAAAUAAAUGGGGGAAAAUACAGAUUACAAUUGUCUCAAAAGUGGAGUAUUCCUGAUUCCUAAUCGUACCCAAGUGUGUCAAUAUUUUGAAUAUUCAUCCCCUUAACUUUUGCCAAACAUUCAGGAUCCAAGUCGCCACACUGUUAAUCUAAGUAUAAAAUAAUAUAUAUUCAAAUUCAACAUAGACCAACAUAGAAAACAAAUGUUUUAAUCAAUU